CUCUUGGAGCCGCGUGGAGCUCCUCCAACCAGUGAACACCAUCCGUAUCCGUAUUCGUAUCCGCAUCCGUAUUCCCAAUCCGUUAACCGCUGAGUGCCGUUCACGUGCAUCACUUUCAUCCAGGUCCGGAGGGCAGAAAAACGUUUAAGUUUGCGAAAUCGACGACGACGACCAGCACGAGGACGACAACAAAGACAGCAGUAGUAGAUCGCUAAGCAAGGCACACACAACUGUACUUUUCUAAGCAGCCCUUGGCAGCACACAAAUCGAUCAAUUUAAUUUCCUUUUUGCUACGCGCACAAAAAGCCAACAAAAACUUGAACUAUAGAAUGGUAGAAGGUGAUUCUGCAAAAGGUAAAAGCGAAUCCUAUAAUGUAGAAGCUGGACUACAGCCGAACUACAAUCAGAGCGCAGCAAGCAAUCCAUCAAACCAUUCGACUGGCAACGCGACUGGCAACGCCAACGCCAAUCCGCACAUCGACAACCGAGCGAUCAUCCAGCCAUAUUCCCUGGGCACAGGCGCCAAGCAGCCGGAGUAUCAGUUUGCGGCAGACAAUCGCGGCUACGAGCCGGACACGACCACCACCAAUGGCAAGCAGGACGUAGAGCGUGCGGUGGGCGGCGCUGCCGGCGACAGCAGCACCACCGAACACAAUGGCAAUGGCAAUGGCAAGGACAAGGGGCGGAAGGGCAAGAAGGGGGCACCGCUCCCGGAGCCAACGAGUCCGAUAGUCGCCAACUUCGAGCGGGCCAUCGAGCUGUGCGGCUAUGGCAAGUUCCACUAUAUACUGCUGGCCAUUUGCGGCCUGGUCAGUACAUCGGAGGAAAUGGACGUCAUCUCGAUGUCGUUCAUCCUGCCGUCGGCCGAGUGUGACCUGGAUCUCAAUACGGAGACCAAGGGUUGGCUCAAUUCGAUCAUCUUUAUUGGCAUGAUGGUGGGCGCCUAUUUCUGGGGCAGCAUCGCCGACAGCUUUGGCCGCAAGAAGGUGCUGAUUGUCAUCUCGUUCAUGAAUGCCUUUUGCAUUGUCGCGUCGUCGUUUUCGCAAACUUACUCGUUUUUCAUGCUGUUUCGAUUUCUCAAUGGCGCAGCGCUCGGAGGCAGUGGUCCUGUCAUCUGGUCGUACUUUGCCGAAUUCCAACCGAAAGCGAAACGAGGCUCCAUGUUGAGCUUCAUGGCUGCCUUCUGGACCUUUGGUAACCUGUUUGUGGCCGGCCUGGCCUGGCUGAUCAUACCCACGGACAUUGGCUUCAAGACCCCAUAUUUCACAUACAAUUCGUGGCGCAUCUUCCUGCUGGUCUGCUCGCUGCCAUCCUUCCUGGUCGGCUUCCUGCUCUUCUACCUGCCCGAGUCGCCCAAAUUUCUGCUGACGCGCGGCAAGAAGGAUCGCGCCCUGGCCAUCUUCCGCGGCAUCUUUGUGACCAACACCCGCAAGCGGCCGGACGAGUACAUGGUCUACGAUCUGGAGGUGGACGAAAAGCUGCUCGAGAGCUCGGCCAACAGCAAGAACAAGUACUCGCGCAUGGUCAGCGGCAUGGUGGACCACAGUCGUGCCCUCUUCAAGUCGCCCAUCCUCAGAUUCACCAUAGUCUCGAUCACCAUUAACUUUACAUUCCACAUUGGCUACUACGGACUGUUGAUGUGGUUCCCAGAGCUGUUCAAUCGCUUCGAGGAGUAUGAGAAGGCCUUCCCCGACUCGUCGGCCGGCGUCUGUACGGUCACCGAGUAUGUGGUGGGCAUUGCCCGCGAGAGUGCCAACAACGGCACCUGCUCGUCGGACAUACCCCAGUCGGUGUUCAUGGAGUCGCUCAUCUCGCUCGCCUCUGCGCUGCCCGCCAACCUGCUGGCCAUCCUCGGCAUGGACAUGCUGGGGCGGAAGUUCUUCCUGAUUGCCGGCACCAUGACCGCCGGCAUUUGCUCGGCCCUCAUGUACUUUGUGCGCAGCUCUCUGCAGAAUCUCAUCGUGUCGGCGAUCUUCAGCGGGGCCAUCUCGGCAGCCAAUGCCGCCCUCGACUGUCUCAUCACCGAAGUAUUCCCCACCAAGCUGCGGGCCACCGGCGUGGCCAUCUCCAUGGUGGCGGCCCGUCUCGGCGGCAUCAUUGGCAACAUUGUCAUUGCCCAGCUGCUGGACAACUACUGUCCCUCGCCGACGUUCAUUGUCUCGGGCCUGCUCAUCGGCGGCGGUCUCAUGUGCCUCCUGUUGCCCAAUACGACGCGGAAGGAGCUCAACUAAGAACAUCAAUCAGUGGUGUCCUGUCUGUCUCCUGUCCUGGUGCUACAAAUCGCCACCAAAUAAUACCACAAAUCGCCAAAAAAGAGAAAAAUAUACAUACAUAUAUAUAGCAACCGAUCAGCAGAGCAGCUGCAGAAAUACGAACAGGAACGCCCCACACCCCACACCCCACACCCUAGGACCCACAAUUUCCAUUUUCCUCCCCUUAGCCCUUUGCCCCUUGACCUUCGCCCCAUUCCCCAACGGGAAAGGAAGCGGUGGUUGUAUCUGUGUAUAUAUGGUGUGUGCUAUAGAACACGACUAUUUGUAUCAUCAGUAAUUAUUAUACGAUAGCGAUAACGAUAGCGAUAUUUCUUGUGUGUGGUCUAAUUUUAACGCCUUUUACAAAUGUCUAUCGGAAUUUAAAUCGGAAUAACAAGCAACAACAAAAAACAAAACAAACUAACAAAGAAGCCCCUAAGCCAGCGAGAAGAUAUAGCAGCUAGGAUCGAUUGCGAUCGAUUUAUGUACGAUAUUGUAUGUACGAUAUGUAUUUUGUGUAUUAGUGGUAGUAAGUAACAUAUAUACAUACAUAUACAUAUUUGGCAAGCGCCGGCGCCGGCUGAAGCAACAGCAGAUGGUGAGACGACACCAAAGGUGGCCAAAAUCGAAAUGAAAACCCAACCGAAACUCCCUCUGCUGUCAAUUAUUGUUUGUUAUUAUUGCUAUUUAAUAAUACAUAUUAUAUAGAACACACAUACGUAUAUAACCUUA